GGCCCCGCCCAGGGCCGGCUGCAGCCGCCUCCGGGCGCUGUUUGCUCCCAGUUCCCUCCCAGUGCUCCCAGUACGGGCGAUACUGGAAGGGAAAGCGCUCCCACUUCCUUCCCGCUGCUCCCAGAAUCGCUCCCGGUGCUCCCAGUGUCGCUCCGAGUGCGGGGCCGCUUUGGAACCCUCCAAGGGCAGAGCGCGGCUGCUUUUGAGUGUCAGCACCACCCGGGCCGGGCUGGGAGCGAAGGAGGAUCAGGAGGAAGAGGAGGGUCAGAGGAGGACAACAAAGAAAGGGAGAGGCAGGAGCAGGAGGAGCAGGAACAGCACAGACAGAGGAGGAGAAGGAGGAGGAGCGGGAGGAGGGGGAGGAGCGGGGGGAAGCGGAGCAACAGCAGAACCACGUGAAUUCCCCGCGUGGUUGCUCGGACCGCAGCUCCCCCGGCUCCGGCAGCAUCGCCCUCGCCCCCGGAACCCGCCGGAUUUUCCAUUCCCAAACUUUGGUCUCAUAAAGGAGGAGGAGGUCACAAGGAAGAAGAAGAUAGCCCUGGAGCCCCAGGCAGACAUGGAACUGAGGAUGGAGACCAGAGAGGACAAAUCCCCACAGCAGAACCUCGUGGAAGAGGCAGGUUUGAGCGGCUCCACGAUGCAGGAAUCCAACGGGGAGGAAAAGCCCCGGAGAUCCCAAACAAGGAGGGGCUGCAAAUACAGAUCACGGGGAUCUGAGCAGGAAAGACCCACCCUGGGCUUGGGAGGCACCCAGAGAUCUGGCCGGAGCUUGGAGCUGGAGGUCCAUGAGCAGCUUCACAAGGGGGAGAAGCACCACAAGUGCUGGAAAUGUGAGAAGAGCUUCAGCCAGAGAUCCCACUUGAUUUGCCAUUGGGGAAUCAACACUGGGGAUUGGCCCUACGAGUGUGGGGCCUGUGGGAAGAGGUUCAAGUCGAGUUCCACCCUCAUUGUCCACAAGAGGAUCCACACUGGGGAGAGGCCCUAUGAGUGUGACCAAUGCAGGAAGAGGUUUUUGAGGAGCUCCAAUCUCCUACUGCACCAGCGGAUUCACACGAAUGAGAGGCCCUUCCGCUGCCCCGACUGCAAGAAAGGCUUCAAACAAAACUCUGCCCUCAUCUGUCACCGGCGCAUUCACACCGGGGAGAGGCCCUACAAGUGUUCCGAGUGUGGGAAGAGCUUCAUCCAGCGCUCCACCCUGAAUAUCCACCAGAGAAGCCACACGGGGGAACGGCCCUAUGAGUGUGGGGAGUGUGGGAAGAGCUUCAGGUCGAGCUCCGCCCUGACUAUCCACCAGAGAAGCCACACAGGGGAACGGCCCUACGAAUGUGGCAAGUGUGGGAAGAGCUUCAAGACUAGCUCCAACCUGCUUGUCCACCAGAGGAGCCACACAGGGGAACGACGCUAUGACUGUGGUAAAUGCAGGAAGAGAUUUCAAACUAUCUCUGAUCUCCUCAGGCAUCAGCAGAUUCACACAGAUGAGAGGCCCUUCCGCUGCCACGACUGUGGGAAGGGCUUCAGGGAUAAGUCCCACCUCGUCAGGCACCGGCGCAUCCACACUGGGGAAAGGCCCUAUGAGUGUUCUGAGUGUGGGAGGAGCUUUUCCACCAGUUCCCACCUGAUCAGCCACCAGCGAAUGCACACUGGAGAGAGGCCCUACGAGUGUCCCGAAUGCGGGAAGAGCUUCUCACAAAGCUCUACCCUGACUGCCCACCAGCGCAUCCACACUGGAGAGAGACCCUACAAGUGUCCUGAGUGUGGGAAGAGCUUUAGGCACAGCUCAGUCUUGAAAAAACACCAACGGAGGCACCAUUAAGGAAGUCCUGCAAGUGCCCCAAGUGCAGCAAGAGCUUCAUGUGCUGCUCCAGCUCUGUCCCCCGUGGGAGUAUCUGUGCUGGAUGAUCUCCAGUGAUCCCCAGUGGGCAGAGCCCCGGUGAUCCGUGGUGCCAGUGAUCCGUGUUGGGAAGACACCUGGCUGGGGGGCUCCACAUCUUCCUGACUCCCCGUGGCCUGGAUUUUCUUUUCAUUUCUCUUUAUACUUUCAAAACAGCCAAAACCGGGGUAAAAAUAAAAUAAUUUC